AUGGCAGAUGAUUUUCUUAAUCAUGUUGAAAUAAGAAAUGUCAAAUAUGAAGAACUUGAACAAUUUUGGAAUAUACAACAAGAAUAUUUAGAUGAUUGGACAUUCACUCAUUUACAAAAUCAAUUUAACAAAUAUUCAUCGUUAUUUGUAGCUGUUUUUAUUAAUAAUAUUAUGUGUGGUAUUGCAUAUGGAUGUGAAUAUGAUGAAAUAACAAUUACAUUACAAGGUAUUAGUGUAUUAUAUAAAUAUUGGAGGCAUGGAAUUGUAAGUAAAUUAUUAAAUUUUUUUGAAACAAAAGUCAAUAAAACAAAAAUUACAGUAGGAGUAGCCUCUGAUGAUGCUGUAGAAAAAUUUUAUCUUAAAAAUGACUAUAAACCAAAACAAUUUCUUAUUCGAAUUAAAUCAAAUCAAUUACCGAAUGAUUAUGAACAAAAAAAAUUAAAUUUUCAUGUUAUUAAUGAAAAAAUAUAA